AUGCCGAUCACGGCUCUUCCCCCGACCACUGUCCGAGCGAUUGGCUCAACAUCUGUAAUAGCGGACCCGUGCUCGGUUGUGAAAGAGCUGCUAGACAAUGCCUUAGAUGCUUCUGCGACUUCUAUAGGCAUUGAGAUUUCUUCGAACGCAGUUGACGUGAUUCAAGUAAAAGAUAACGGACAUGGAAUCUCUUCAGAUGACCAUGCUCUAGUUUGCAAGCGCACAUUUACUAGCAAGAUCCAGACGGUUGAAGAUCUUCGGACCCUUGGGGGGAAGUCGUUAGGAUUUAGGGGGGAAGCUCUUGCCAGCGCUGCCGAAGUAUCAGGUGGUGUGACUAUCACCACUCGGGUGGAGGCAGAGAUGGUUGGCACCUCGAUCAAGUAUGGAAGAAAUGGAGAGCUUAUCAGCUAUCGAUGGCAGACCCAUAUCCAGCUCUCGAGGCAUAGGGCAAGACAUUUCCAAGUUAUAUAA